AUCAUGGCGUCUCUUUUGGAGUCGUUUGAGCAGCAAUAUGCCACAUUGUCAGCCGAAAUUACAUCAAAAACGGGACGAGUUCCAAAUUUAUCCGGACCCGAUAAAAACUCGACCAUUCGUGAAAUUGAGAAGCACCUUGAUGAAGCAAAGGAACUGCUUGAGCAGAUGGAACUGGAAGCGCGAGAUGUUGCCGCCGGCGACAGGCAGAAGAUACAGAAUCGAGUUAAAGCCUAUCAGGCGGAGCAGCGACAGAUGGGGAAGGAGCUGAAGCGCGCGAUGAUCGCGUUCAGCGACCAGGUGAGGACACGGGAGGAGCUGCUGGGACCAGACGAGCUGACGGAGUCCGAGGAUCAGCGUCAGCGUCUGCUGGAGAAUUCCGAGCGCCUGGAGCGCGCCUCGCGUCGCCUCGAGUCCGGCUACGGCAUGGUCGUCGAGACGGAGCAGAUAGGAGCAGCAGUGCUGGAGGAUCUACAUUCACAGAGAGAGACGAUGAAGCGAUCCCGAGAUCGGCUUCGGGACAACGGAUGCCGGAGCUUGGCAGGGGAUGCACGCAUCCUCACCAGCAUGCUGCGGAGGGUCAUACAGAACCGUCUGCCCUCAUGAUCCUCAUAGGUCUGGUCAUGCUGGCCGUCGUCGUACUCACGAUCUACUUCACACGUCAAGCGCAAACGCUCCUAACCUAGGCGG